AUGAACAACGACGCGAAAGACGCGCACAAGGCGAACAAGGCGAGUAUCGACCUCGAUAAUUUGACACCGGACGAGAUGAACACUAUAAACCCCUUGGAUUUGUCUCAACGUCCACGGGUCAAGGACACAGGACAGUCUCGUCAAGUUGAAGAUGACGCAGCGCAAGUCCUUUUGUUCAAGCAUCCAAUUUCACCCACUAAAAAAGCAAGCACUUCUCUCCGUACUCUUGCCAACGAGCGAAAGGAGGCAGCAAAAGAGGUAGUUUCCUCAUCCACCCAUUCUUCAACACCGCAAUGUGCCUCUCCCCUUCUUGAACAGUACGGCCUUCUUGGAUCACAGCACCCCGCUCACCCCUCUCCAUCCACCCAUCUUUUGACUUCACAAACCGUCUCUCCCCAUCUUGAACAACAGGCACAUCUUGGAUCGCACCCCGCUCACCUUGCCUCACCUUUUCCAGAGGUACCCCCCAAUCGUGCGCUCUCUGUAGCUCAUGGUGUGCCCGUUGGCCCCAGCUACAUCUACAACUAUCCUCAUGGAUCCUACUUCACCUCGCCGGGGCCGUCUACAGUUCAAAUGUUUGCAGCUCCUGCUUUGACAUCUGGAGCACCAGUGCAGAUGCAGAAUACUUUCAACCCACUCUGUACCUCCACUCCUGUUCAGUCCCAUGAGCCACGAGUGAUGCCUUCCACGUUUCCUGCACCCUCGUCAGUUCCUGCGUUGUCCCCAAAAGCCACUUCUGUUAUAGCACCUCCCUCUACCUUACGGUCUGGCCUGACUUCUCCGUCACCUCUCUCAUCAACUACCUCAACUUCAGUACCAACCUCAAUCCCCAAACCAGCUUCGGCUUCCACACCACUAUCUGCAGUACCCGACAGCAAGCUCGAUAAUGACUCCGAUGUCAUUAAUAGUACCGUACCUGGCGGCUGCUUUACCCAGGCCCAGAGAAGUGCUUUGGAGGCGGCUUUUUCUGCAAUGAACAAUACUAUGCGAGACUGCGCCAAGGAGACGGGCUUCACGGAGAAGAGCAUUCUCAACAGGUUUGCGGCCACACACGGGUUUACUAGAAAAGGCAAUGUUUGGAAUAUCUUCGGGUCGAGUAUGAGGAAUGUACAGGUGAGAGCGCUGAUACUCGGGAAACUGGAGGGUAAUCUCAAAUGGGAUGGAAAAUCCAACCCGUCGAAGGAGCAAACAUCUGAAGCCUACUCGAUCUUCAAGAAGACUUGCGACCAGAAUGGUUCAAAUGAUGACGACAGUUUAUUCAAGGAGAUAUUAGUCACUGCAGCCACUUUUUCUGCUCCGGUUGAACUUCAAACCCAGCAGGCUCGUCAUCAUCUGUUUGAUAAGGCCUCAAAAGAGUUAGGGAGCUUUGGUGACCAGAUGCGUGAUUGCUACGGCAUCACGGUCGUUGCUGGGAUGACCGGUCAGUCAGUCGACGACGAUCGCUCACUCACUUAUCUGUAUGAUAGGGACAAGGCAUGA